AUGAGCGGUGAGAGUAUCUACAACUUAAUUCAAGAAACAACACCCGUAACGACGGGACCCUACACUGGGAAGUACGAAAAACAUUUAAAGGCCAGAACAAAGCCUACUUACUCUACCUUUUUUGAAAAAGGUAAGGAGUAUGAUGGUUCACAUGUACGCUAUUUUAAGCAACGGGAUGCGGUUUUUGGCCCAACAGUUAAUGACACCGUGGACCCAAAGAAUUUUUUGCACAUAGGAGGGGGUGUCAAACACGCUGCACCUCCAGUCCAACAGAGUAAAAUGUUUACGAAGCCUCCAUUGGAUCAAGGUGUUUCAAAGCUCCGUAAUAGAGGAGGAAAAAGAUAUCUUGCUUUGACAUCGGAUGCACGUGCUGAUGGUAACGGAGGAGAUGAAUUGCAUGGUCCAAACGACUUGGGACAUGAUGGAAUAAACGGGGCGAAAACCGGUAUACCAAGUUCCAAUAAAUUUGGAGCAGGGUCUGAUGAAAAGGAUGCAGGAGAUCAAGAAAGUAUUCAUGUGAACGAUCGCAAUGUGCCUACUGAUUUUGUGGAGGACGCAAGAAAUGGACUAGACGAUCAUAAGGAAAAGGAUUUGGCUGCCGAUGGAGUCGGUGUAGAUCAAUUAUUGCAUUCAGCAAAGGAAGCAGAUGAUAUUCGGGGUAAAGGUCGUCGUGAGGGCUGUAAAGACUUUGUUACAUCAAAUAUAAUACAGGUCGGUAAUAUGGUACCCAAAAGGCGAAAAGAUCAACCGGAAAAUUUAACGUGCCGGAAAAACUUUGGACGGGCACCUGAGUAUUUGCAUCGAGUGAAGCAAGAAAUUGAUGACGAAAGAAUGCGUCUUAAAUCCAUUGAGGAAAUGAGAAUUCAACAGCAAAUUUCAAAUAUGAAACGCUAUGUGCAUCGCUUGGAUGAAAAGGAGCGAUUGCAGUUGUUAGAGAAACUCAGAACAAAGUUGAAUGAAAAAAGUACGGAGUUGAUUAAGAUGCCUUUUGCCAAAGAUACCUAUACCCAGGUCUUACGACGGGCCGAAUUAGAGAAAGGAAUUAAACAGAUUGAAGCUUCCAUUGCUAAACUGGACAAGGAUGCUGUAUUUAUUUACAGUGAUGAUCCAAGAUGCGUUCAUUGGACGAAAAAUGCCGCCCUUGAGGAAGCAUCCCGUUUUGCCGCUGAGCGGCUAAAUUGA